UGUCCAUGUAUCAGCUAAUAUCAGAGUAUAAUAUAACCUCACUUUGAUUUUACAAUACGUAAUUUAACGCUGUCUUAAUAUUUUGUGAAAAAGGUUUUGCAUAGAGUUGCAUAUAUAUUUUAAAUUAUCAGUAAAUGUGCGAGUAAUCAUAAAAAUAAAAUUCUGCAGUGUAUACAAUGAAUUCAUCUUAUUGAUGCAUGUGUUUGAUUUUUUUUAAGCUGUUGGUCCUCCUACUAAUGUUUACCAUGCAUUUAACGAAGUUGCAAAAUGUCUUCUUGGAUCGGUUUAUACGAAUCAGCAUUAAUGCCACUUAUUUUAAUGUUUCAUCAAAGACAUUACUUCAUAUUGGGCAUAAUAAUUACAGUACAUCUCUUAGUACAAACAUUACUCCAAUAUCUCUAAGUAAUGUCACGAUUAGGCAAUACAGUUCAAGAGUACAAAAUAAUUUUUCCUGUGUGUCUUAUCCACAAAUGAUUUCUCAUAUGCAUAAUGACAAGAAAGAGAAUAUAAUGGGACAUAAAAUUUAUAACAAUCAGUAUUAUAACAAUGUUAGGUGUUUUUCAAGUACUAGCAUUGAUUCUGUUGCUGAAACUCAAGUUCCAAUGCAAUUUAGUGGAAUCUUUAAAACAUUAUCAGAAAGUACACUUGUUAAAAUUGGACAAGAUUCCUUAUUGUGGAUGCAUGAUUAUACAGGUUUACCUUGGUGGUCAGUUAUUGUACUUACCACUAUUAUGAUGAGGACAAUGAUAACAUUGCCACUAGCUUUGUACCAGCAAUAUAUCUUUGCAAAAUUGGAAAAUCUCAAAUAUGAAAUGGAUGAAAUUGUUAAAGAACUGAAAAUAGAGACAAAUUAUGGGAUACAUAAGUAUAAUUGGCCUAAAGAUUAUGCUAGGCGUUUGUACAAUCAUUCUGCGAAGAAGCAGUGGAAUAAAUUAAUUAUUCGUGAAAAUUGUCACCCAGCUAAAGCUAGUAUAUUGGUACUAGCACAGAUACCUUUAUGGAUAUCAUUGUCAAUGUCUAUCAGAAACUUAUGUUAUAUGUUACCUAAACAAAAUGUUGAUGCUUAUACCAUUUAUCAGCAAUUUAUAACUGAUGGAUUUCUUUGGCUUACAAACUUAACUGUAGCAGAUCCUUUUGUACUUCCUGUAGCAAUGGGAUUAUUUAAUUUAGCUAUUAUAGAAAUAACUUAUAUGAAUAGGGUAAAAGAGUUAACAAAAUGGAAGAAAUAUUUAACUUAUUUCUUCAGAAUUACUGCAAUAGGUAUGAUCCCUAUUGCUAUGUAUGUACCAUCGUGCGUGAGCUUGUACUGGGCAACUAGCAGUGCAUUUGGUCUUUUUCAAAAUCUAGUUCUAUUAUCUCCAAAAUUACGUCGCUUUGCACGAGUGCCGAGAACUACUUCCGAAUCACCGAAUCCAUACUGGUUACUACGUGAAAGGAUAAUAUCUAGAUGUCACUUUGAAAGAAAAGUUUCGCCGAAAACAUAAAAUUAUUUUAUUAUGUUUUCUAACUUGUAUAACCACUUGUACAAAUAAAUUACGAAUUUUAUGAUAUAAU